UUUUUGUCGGCAUUUAUUUCAAUAAACGAUCAUUUAUAUCUACAGCGUCACACUUUCCAACCAUAUUUAACAAACGUAAUUUGUUUUUACAUGAAGAGUUCGUCGUUCUCGAUUUGAAUGUGCGAAAUAUAAACUUUAAUGACUUUUCAAAAACAGAAGAAGAAACGCGACCAUUAAAAUGUGGAGACACGACUUCACGGUUUUAUGGAUUUCUACGGUUUUUACUGUUUUUACAGACGCUGCGGUGCCUGAUGGAUUAGUAGACGCCGAGCAGCAGGAGUUUGCUUCUCUCAGCUCCAUGCUCAGUCACUUUGACGUCCUGCCUCUGUCCAGUCUGACCGCUCACUCGGUUCGACGCCGCGACGUCCAGACAGAGAGUCACGUGGAGAAGAUGCUAUCCUUCAACGCCCUGCAGAGGCAGUUCAGACUGUACCUGAGAACCAGCAACGAUCUGUUCACAGAUGACUUUAGAGCCGUGGUGGUGGACGAGGACGGUCGAGAACACAGCUAUCCAGUCAACAGACACAACUACUUUACUGGACACGUCAUUGGGGAGGAGAACUCACGUGUUCAGGCUCACAUCGACGACCACGAGUUCUCAGCUCACAUCGUGACUGACCACGCAGAGUACAACAUCGAGCCUCUGUGGAGGUUCAUCUCAGCGCCCCCUGAUGGUCGUCUACUCAUUUAUCGUUCUGAGGACAUCAGGAACUUGACCCGUUUGCAGCAGCCAUCGGUGUGUGGUUACGUUAGCUCUGACUCCAGCCACCUCCUACCUGAGAGCGUCAGAACCAAUAUGUUGGACCAGCACCUGGACCAGGACCAGGACCACAUGUCUGGGUCCAGGGCCAGACGUCAGGUGUUGGACCACAGGAAGAACACUUGUCCACUGCUUCUGGUGGCCGACCAUCGAUUCUUUAAACACAUGGGUCGACAGGAGGAGAGCACCACCCUCAACUACCUGAUCGAGUUGAUUGACCGCGUUGACGACAUCUACAGAAACACGUCCUGGGACGAGGAGUUUGUCGGUUACGGUGUUCAGAUCCAACAGAUCAUCAUUGAAAAAUUCCCAACAGCAGUUUCUCCAGGACAGAGUCACUUCAACAUGAGGGGCAGUCCAGUGGACGGACGGGACGUGUGGGACGUCAAGAAGCUACUGGAGCAGUUCAGCGUGGACAUGGCAGAGAAGGCGUCUAACGUGUGCCUGGCCCAUCUUUUCACCUAUCAGGACUUCGAUGAAGGAACUCUGGGUCUGGCCUACGUGGCCCCCUCCAAACCUGACAUCCCUGGUGGUCUGUGCUCCAAAGUUUGUCUGUCGUCUACUAAUGACAACAGACCCAUUUACUUGAACACGGGUUUGACCAGCACUAAGAAUUAUGGGAAAACCAUCCUGACCAAGGAAGCUGACUUGGUGACAACCCACGAGCUGGGACACAACUUUGGAGCGGAACAUGAUCCGGACAACAUUCCACGCUGUGCUCCGCGAGCUGAUCAGGGCGGGAAGUUUGUCAUGUAUCCUAUCGCUGUGAGCGGUGAUCACGUCAACAACAAGAUUUUCUCUAACUGCAGUAAGCGCUCCAUUGUGAUGCGACUGCGAGCCAAAGCGCCGUCCUGCUUCAAAGAGCGGAACGUGAACGUCUGUGGAAACUCCAGGGUGGAGCCAGGAGAAGAGUGUGACCCUGGACUGUUGAACAUCAACUCUGACCCCUGCUGCUCCGAAGAUUGUCGCCUCAGACCUGGAGCCCAGUGCAGUGACAGGAACGCAGCAUGUUGUAAAGGGUGUCGUUUCCAAGCUGAGGGUGUGGUCUGUCAGGAGCCCAUCAACACCACCUGUAAAGGACACUCCUACUGCACAGGUAACAGCAGUGAGUGUCCGCCACCAGAGGACGCUCCCGACCACACCGAGUGUUUGGACAGUGGUCAGUGUGUGAGUGGAGAGUGUGUUCCUUUCUGUCAAGCUGUUCUGGAACUGCUCCCCUGUGCCUGCAAUGAAACUCACUCCACCUGUAAAGUCUGCUGCCGCAGCAACAGUGGACUGUGUGCCCCCUACAGGGAGCAGGGGGGCAACUUCCUGUUUCUGAGGAAGGGAAAACCCUGCACAGUGGGCUUCUGUGACGGAGCCGGGAAGUGUAUGAAGCAGGUCCAGGACGUGAUCGAGCGUCUGUGGGAUUUCAUCGACAAACUCGACAUCAACACCUUUGGGAAGUUUCUGGCCGACAACAUCGUUGGAUCUGUGCUCGUCUUUUCUCUGUUGCUCUGGGUUCCAUUCAGCAUCCUGGUCCACUGUGUGGAUCAGAAGUUGGACCAACAGUACCAAGAAAACACCAAGUCUCUGUUUUUUCCCAGUCUCCUGAGCAGCCUGGACUCUGCGUCUGUUCGUAUCUUCAAACCCCCAACCUUCCCCAACACCGCCACCUUCCGCCUCCAACCUUGUGGGCCACAACAGGCCUCAGCUCCACCCAUCCACAGCUCUGCUCCUGACCCCGCCCACCUGGACAGCCCCCGCAUGGCCACGAUACAGGAAGACUCCAACUCCGACUCCCACCUGGACCAGGAAGUCCUGGAUGAGGAUUUUGAGCGCCCUCCUGUGGCGGCACCACGCUCCUACGAGGACCUAACAGAGAAGAAGGCCUCGGCCAGCAGAGAGAGGGCGCUGCUGUUCCACCUGCACAGACAGCCCCGCCACAUCGACACCAGAGAGACUCAAUGCUGAGCUGCAGCGCCCCCCUGAGGAACAUCAAGGGACUGGAGUCACACAGAAAGAUGGAGACGAGGUGAGCCUGACCUCUGACCUAAAGACCAGCUCCAAGGUUGUAUUAAACUUUGUUACUUUUCAACAGUGACUCAUGUGACUUCAGACGAAACACUGUGAAGUCACUCAAUGUUAAAAGGUCUUUUUUCACCAGGUUCAUUGAUGUUUUCUUGUUUUUAAUUAAAAAGACAACAAACAUUUUCUUUGAACUUCAAAUACUUUUUAGAAUAAAAAGUUGCCAAUU